CACACAAAAUCAUAAGGAAAUAAAGUAAAACUAGGAAGCACAUCUCUUCAUUUCAAUGAAGGGAGCAAUCUGUCAAGACAUGGUUAUUGUUCAAAAUGUGAUGUAAAUACUUGAAGGGAAUGGAUUUCCAUUGCUUUUUGUUGCCAUCAAAGCAGGUAAACUUCAUGGACUGUCAACUGUUGACAGAUUAGCUUUAGUGAUAAAACGACAUGGAUAAUUCAACACAUGAAUUUAAUUUGUUUUAAAUGAACUGAUACAUGCAUAGUAAGACAAUCGAAUUUGUUCCUAAAAAAUAGUGCAUUAAAAUUGUCCAGGAAUGGAAAUCUUACAGUUAAUUUUUUUAUUAGUGGUUUUGGUUCAAAUCUUCGCUGAUGAUCCUGAAGAUCUUACAGCAUUACCUGGACAUCUAAAGCCAUUUGGUUCUGGGCGACCAGGCCUUCCGGUGGAGGAAUUUGAUAUGUUUCCAGAUCCAACAUAUUUCUUUGAAAAUUAUGUGAAGAAAUUGAAACCCUUAAAAAUGAAAGGGGCUGCAAAAUUUUCUGGUGCAUUUAAGAAGUGGACGGAUGAUUACUUUCUGUCUCUAAAGGAACCGUCUGAUUCAACUAUUUCUGUUGAAACUGUGAAGAAAGAAAACAGGAAACAGGGAGUGGAUAGCAUGUCAUUUCAAGACUUUGUUAGGUUAUACAACAACACAGAGCAUUACAUGGUGGACGCAGUGCCAGCGUUUAUCAGAGAUGAUAUCAUGAUUCCCUGUCCUCUUCAAUGUGAACAGCUGGCAGAGAACAACUUCGUUGACAAUGUCAUGUGGUUUAGCAGCGGAGGAACCAAAUCUGUGGUCCAUACAGACAGUGUGGACAACAUCAAUUGUCUCUACCGUGGUGAGAAAUCACUCGUCUUUGUUGACCCUGCGUUACAUGGCAAAAACGUGGAUUUGGACAGGCCAGAAGGGGCUUAUUCUGCAAUGGAUGUUGAUGCAGUGGACUACACCAAGUAUCCAGGUAUGGCGCAGGUGGAGUUCUACCAUGUGAAUGUCAGUGCUGGAGACUGUCUGUAUAUCCCUUACCUAUGGAUCCACCAGGUGAGGUCAUACGGCAGCAAUCUGGCAGUAAACAUCUGGUGGAAACACUACAUCGCAGAUGAACUCAACUACACGACAUGUAAUGACCCAUGUGAUCCAGACUUUACCCUCGACAUGGCCCAUUUCCUUGGGUUUGAGGGCUUGUCAGAAAGUCCUUAUGAAACAAGGGACCACUUUCUUAGUGUCAUCACAGAAGACACAGACUUUGAUACUUUUCGUAAGAGUUUUCUAGGGGACGAGGAAUUGUUACUUCAGAAUGAACAGUUGGGAAAGGAUCUGCACGAGGUGUUCAGUCUGCUGGAUUUGAACAAGGAUGGAACAUUAAGCAACCAGGAAGCCUUGGAUAGUCCUAUUGAGGUGUACUCAGAGAUUGCAGAGCUGCUUGGAGUGAUGGAAGAAGACAUGAACGCCAUCAUGGAAGCACAGGGAAUAGACAUAGAUGAUAACGAAGAGAUUGAAUCUCGCGGAGAAAAUGAUGAUUCAGAUGAGAUGGAUCUUCAUGAUGAAUUAUAGCUGUUACUGGUGUAGCAUCAGAUAGGCAUUGUAUGCCCAGGCCUGAACUUCUAUAUACUUUCCUGAAAUAUGUUAUUCUCGGCUGAAAUAUGCAAGACAAGAGACAUAUCUAUUGGUCUACAUCCCUUGCUGUCAGCAUUAAUCACUGUUUAACAGUACAUGAACAAAAAGCCUUAUCCAGUUGUGCUUUGAUAUCGCACUUGUUAAUGUCUAUGUUGUGCAUGUUGAUGUAAUAUCUUAGAUAUUGCAGAAAAACUUGUAUGUCAUAAUUCAUGUAUUUCUUCUCUAACUGAUCAAACAUUUAUGAUUGUUAUCAUUGUUGCAAUAUUAUUGUUAUGAAUCAUUUUUACAAUGUUUUCAAAGUUCUGAGUACUGAGAUUAUAACUCUGCGAGCAUGUCAUGAAAAUCAAAGAAAUCAAUUUGUUCUGUUAUUGAAUAAUUGUACCAUUGUCUAAUAUGUAUAUGCUCUAAAACCAAGGUUUUUUGUAAUAACAAAUAUAAUUUUAAAUGUAUGCUUACAAAAUUUAUGUAUUCACAUUUGGAGAAAUAUGAUCCGAUAUCGCAUUAUAAUAAUCAGACAAAAGUGUAAUACAAAUAGCAUAUUUCUUUCCUUAAUCCAGCAUACAGCUUAAUGCAGAAAUACUCUUAAUUUCUUAAAUGAUGUAUAUAUAUCUUAAUUGCAUGCAGAAACAACUAUUGUACUUAAAUUCAACUUUGAACAAUGGAAAAUAAGUCAAAGCUGUACACAGACUUUCGCAAUUAUAUAAUUUGCAAUUUAAAAAAAUCUAAUAGGCUAUUGUAUUGCUUGUGAUCCAUAAUUCUUUUAUGUUCAUAUGUAUGGUAUGUGUCUUUAUCAUUUUUAUGUUUGUAUCAUUGGUUUUGCUGCUGAACGUGCCAUCAUUAAACAGUGUAUAUAUAUUUACCUUAACAUCGCUUCCUCUCUAUGAUUAUUUAUCUACUGCUGAAAGCGAAAUGACGCAUCAAUUAGAUAUAACUAAAAAAUAAAAACAGUGUGUUUUUGUAAUAUUAAUAUAUUAUUUAUAAUUUGAAAUUUAAUUUCUAUUACAGUAUUUUUAAUCAUUGAAAUAAAUGAUGCAAUGUAUGUCAAUAAAACCUUUUUUUAUUGUUUUGCAUACACACAACGAAUGCUUACAUCAUAUACCAUACAUGCUUCUUGUUAUGUUAUUCAUAUAUACUGAAAUACUACUACCUAGAUGUGCUCAUACGUAUUAUUUUUAUAUUAAACAGAAAAAUGUU